AUGUCCCUUUGGACUACUGUGUCCUCUUUGCCUCCAGCUAUGGCGACUAGCAACCGCGAUCAGCACCUCCCCAUCGUGGAUAGGAGCUCCAACUACGCCUCGGCUGCUCUCGGCAAGAAGGAGGACGAUGGCCUUCCGUUGGCCUUGAAGCUCAGCGAUAUCCUCGUUGACGAAUUCGCCAAUGACCCUGACGAUGUCACGGUUCCACCUACUCACCCUUCGUCCGUCCCCGAUGCGGGGGAAAGUCUGUCUCGCUUGACGGGAAGCGUGGGUAGGCAUGACGGAACCACCUCGUCCAAGCCACAAGACAAGUACGAGCCCUACCAAUCCUCAAUGCGGCCGUCGAAAAUCAAGUCGGAGAGCGCAUUGUGGGCUGGUAGUGAGCGUUUGAUGCCUUCAACCAUCGAAAACUAUCAUCAAGCACCGUGGACGCAGACUAACGGCCCUCGAGCUGUCAAGCCAGCUAGUAACCACUUCCCGGUCGCCUUUCAGGCCUUGCCCGAGCCACCAACUGCAUCUCAAAUACCCUAUUCUAGUGGAGGGCCCCCUGAGCGCAGAUACAACCAACUUCCAACGCCACCAUAUACCCCAGUCACACUUCCACGACCUCUUCCAGUCAUAAUUACUCCCCAAGUAGUUCAUAUACCUGAAGGAUUUGUUCCGUCCUCGUUUCACAGUCAGCAGGAGCUGCGCUAUCCUCCACCCAGGCCCGUCAGCAAUGUCGAUCAUCCCGCGACGCUUGCUCCCAAGCAAAUCAACGGCUUGGUUCUUCCUGACCCCAACGCAGUCGAAUUCAUGCGCCGCAAAAUGGGUCUUCGCAAGGAUGACACAGUCAAUCUGCAUUCGAUUCCCGACACUACUGAUGGUAGUCGUCCGGGGAUUCCUUUGCAUCAGCUUAUAGGCCUGGCGAUCUGCGGCAGCGAGCGCCAGAGGCUUCCCCUCAAGUCCAUCGAGAACGCCAUCGCUGACCGAUUCACGUAUUACUUUGAGUACAGGUAUGACGCUUCCUGGAAGAAUUCAAUCCGCCAUGCCUUGUCAUUGUACAAGAUGUUCGUCCAAAUGCCUCGUGAUGUCGACGAUCCAGGCAAAGGCGCAUACUGGACAAUCAGCACUGCAGAUGGUGAAGGUUAUGCUAGGAAGCGCAACCGCAAGAAAGGCAAGGCAGCUAAGAAGCCCACUCCGAAAUAUGAAGACUCGGACGACGACUCUUUCUUGGACAGCAGCAGCGAGUCCGAGGAAGUUGAGGCUGCUGAGCGAUACCAUCCCUAUGCUCGUGCUACGCGGGCACGUCGCCAGGCCUCCCCAAUCGUCACCGGGAGACGCAUGACGACUCGCAGCGGCGCAAAGAAGGCUCUGCAGCUGUAG